AUGAGCCCCUUCCGGCUUGUAUAUGGUAAAGCAUGCCACUUACCGGUGGAGAUUGAACACAAAGCAUAUUGGGCCGUAAAGGAGUGUAAUAUGAACUUAGGUGGGGCCGGCAUAGAAAGAAAGCUUCAAUUGGCGGAAUUGGAAUGCUUAAGACAAGAAGCCUACGACAAUGCUAGACUUUACAAGGAAAAGUUGAAAGCCAUCCAUGACAAAAACAUUAGAAGAAAGGAGUUCCAACCCGGUGACUUAGUACUUCUCUACAACUCAAGGUUGAGACUACUACCCGGAAAGCUAAGAUCAAGGUGGGAUGGACCUUACCAAGUGGAGAAAGUAGAACCUUAUGGGGUCUACCACCUGCGUCACCCAACAAGCCCGGAUAUCUUCAAGGUAAACGGACACCGUCUCAAAUUGUAUCAUGGUGAGCAAAGAAAGAACUCCAAGGAGAUUGAAGUGUUCCUCUUGAGGGAUGCAACUCUUGAACAAGCGCAAUGA